AUGGCCAUACUUUAUGAUGACCCGGAUCGUGCCUCUUUGGCCGAUACUGCGAUUCAUGUGUUCAACCAUGAUGGGGACAUUGAGAAAGUAAGUGCAGAUCCCGGCCUAUUCACUAAGGAUAUUGACUACCAAGAACCAGUUACAGCCCUGAGCCUAAUGCAUUGCAGUACUGAGCUGAGUGGGUCAGACUUACAGUGCCGUAUUCACAUCACAAAGCCCAAGUAUGAAUACAAAUACAUUCAGGAUGGAGACCUCAUCAUUGGAGGAGUGUUCACUAUGAAUCAUGGAGUGAAAUAUAUUCCUAUUGGGCCUAUCAGAUCCAUACCCUUCUGCAUAGAUCCAUAUAUUGAAGAUUAUGAGGAAAUCCGCACCUUUCUCUUUGCCAUUGAUGAGAUCAACAAGAACCCUGAUCUGUUACCCAACAUCACUCUGGGAUAUGAUAUCAGUUAUGGCGCCACAAAUCCCAUUCUAAGAGACAAAGUGUUGUUUCCAAACUUCUUUAGUACAGGAAUCAAUGACUAUAUCCGACAUGUUGCUAUUGCCGAGCUUCUGGAACGCUUAGGAUGGACCUGGGUGAUUAUUGUGGCAGUUGCUGAUGACAGCGGAGAGAGUCAGAACCUCCAGAAUGAGAUCAUCAAACAUGGCGCCUGCGUUGAUUCCUUCAUAACUUUAACGGAAGACUCAUCCAACAACCGGAUAAAGCUUGAAAGAUUGCACUAUUACGUAAGAAACCUGCACUUUGUGGAUCCCUGGGGGAGACAAAUGGAAUAUGACAAGGAUGGAGAAGUUCCCGUGUAUUUUUUGAUUACCAACUGGAUUUAUUCUAGAGAACGGGGAAUCAUAAAAACCGACGUUGGGGAAUUCUCUUGGUCCAAGUCCCAGGGCAAUCUUGAAGUCAACAGUGAAAAAAUAACGUGGAGAAAAGCCACAAAUAAGAAGACUCUAAAAUCCCAGUGCUCGGCCAACUGCCCUCCUGGCCAGAGAAAAAUCCCCAGGAAAAGAGUGCCGCCCUGCUGUUAUGACUGUGCCCCCUGCUCAGAGGGGGAGAUCUCCAGUAUAAGUGAUACAGAAACCUGCCUAAAAUGUCCAGCUAGUCAAUGGCCUAAUAAAGAUAAAACCAUGUGCAUUGAGAAGCAAAUUGAGUUUCUCUCUUAUGCUGAUUCCCUGGGUGUUGCCUUUAUAGUCAUCACUUUCUUCCUUUUCCUGAUAGCAGCAGUUACACUGGGAAUAUUUAUAUUAUCCAGACAUACUCCAGUUGUGAAGGCCAACAAUUCCAAUCUGAGCUUUAUUCUCCUUGUCUCCAUCAAGCUGAGCUUCCUCUCUGUGUUCUUGUUUCUAGGAUGCCCUGUAGAUAUAACCUGCAUGCUCCAGCAAACCUCUUUUGGAAUCACCUUCUCCAUAGCGGUCUCUUGUGUCCUGGCCAAGACUAUCAUGGUUUGCAUUGCUUUCAAAGCCACCAAGCCAGGAAACUCAUGGAGAAAAUGGAUAGGGACCAAAAUGGCAAAAUGCAUUGUUCUCAUUGGCUCAUUCAUUCAGUUUCUUAUUUGUAUUACCUGGUUGGCCAUUUCUCCACCCUUCAUGGAACUGGACACAAUUUCUGUACAAGGAAAAAUCAUCAUUGAGUGCAACGAAGGCUCAGUAGUUGCCUUCUAUAUUGUCCUCUCCUACAUGGGAUUGUUGGCAUCUGUGAGUUUCAUUGUAGCUUUCUUGGCUCGGACAUUACCGGACAGUUUUAAUGAGGCCAAGUACAUCACUUUCAGCAUGUUGCUCUUCUGCAGUGUUUGGAUCACAAUGAUCCCGGCCUAUCUGAGCACCAAAGGCAAAUACAUGGUGGCAGUGGAGAUAUUUGCCAUAAUCUCUUCAAGCUGUGGGCUUCUCUUCUGUAUAUUUCUACCCAAAUGUUAUAUUAUUUUGUUAAAACCAGAGAUGAACUCAAAACAAUAUUUAACAGGGAACCAGAAUAAGCCAUCCAAUAAUAGCAGACAUACAUAAUUAUUGAAUAAAUGUCAACAUGCCAAUGGCAUUGGUUGGUAAAAUUCUGAAUAUUUUACAAUGUUAAAUGGGGGGAUACUGAUAAAUCAAUGUUUGAAUUUGCAUUUCUUUUUAAAAAUUCAAGGAGACACAGUUAAGUGCAGUCAAGUUUAUUUUGCCAUUAGUGAUA